AUGACUGACUCAGUUAACAGCAACACGUCUCAAUUGGAGACAGGUCAGGGACCUAAAUCCCAACACGAGGAAUACGCGGUUCCGGAAGUAACGAUGUCCGAUGCCGACAACAUCGAGAGCUCGCCACCGCUGGAGACGCAAGACCCCUCCAGCUCGAGUGGGUUCGUGGCAUACAAUCCUGGCAGCGAUCGGAAAUACGGAGGCCAGUGGUUUUGUGAAGGGAAGCUGGUCAACCCCUGGAAAAUUGCGGAGAGUGACGGGCGAACCUAA